GCAGAUUUCCGUUCAGUGAAACUUUGUUUUGACGUUGGCAUCACAAGAACAGGACAGUUUUUUUAUUAGUCGGUGACUUGAUCCUGCCUGGAGAAUGUCUUUACUGCGUCAAGCCAUAGCUCAAGCCAGUUUGGUGUACAAGGCUUUCUCCGCGAGGGUGGGGCAGAAGAUGGCGGCGUCUGCUGUCCAGCCGCAGAUAAGAUCGUCCUCGCGACAGUCUAAAGAGCAGUAUAAACAGGAACGCAUAGAAAGGUUGAGGAAGGAAAUGAGGAACCGCCUGAGGGAUCUCGAGAAUGAUAUGAAUCUGAUCGAGUCUCACAAAGACACGUUAGAAGUAUACCCAAAUAACGAAAACGCGAUAAAGAUGAUCAGAAUAGCACAGAGACGAGUGAGUCACACACGUAGCGUCAUGGCUGAGAUACAAAAAGAGCUCACGAAUCUAGGAGCCUAAGGUUAACUGCAAGGAACAUAACGCUCAAUAGAAAAACUUGACCAAAACUUUUUCAACGCGCUGGGCUAAUGUUUAAAUAAAUGCCAAUCAAACGAUUUUAAAAACAAAACGGUGUAUUGAUGCGGUAUUUUGAAUUUUUUAAAGGAAAAGUUGGUUUACAAAACAUCAGUAACUUGAUGCAUUAAUGAUUUGGACAUUUCUAUUUUAAAAUAUAGCUCGCUUAAUUGUUUCAGUACAUCUGAUCUGCUCAUGCUCCUGCAAUAAAAUGUAAACAGCAA